AGGACGACCACAUCGACAUCGACACCGGCAUUGGCCAAAGCAAUUGACAAGUUUCCAGCAGGUAAGCAAGUGAAAACAGCAAAAACGACGCGGAAAACGCUGAAAAGGAAGAAAACUCUGCUCUGGAGAUAGGAAACAAGGACGAGGACCCAGCACCUGCAAAAGGAGCGGAAAAUUGCGGGACAAGUGUUGUGCGAAUUUCGCGGAAAGCCAGGAAGUGGGCAGGAAAACGGUGAAAGGAAACUGAAUAGCUCGAGAGGACUCGCAGCUGGAGAGCUAUUUGAAUCUGAAUCUGAAUCCGGGUCCUCGCAGCUGGUCUUGGCCAUGAACUUCUACGACGAGGAGAUCACAAUCGGCGGACCCGACUCCAAGCACCUGAGCAGUGUUCAAAUGGAGUCCCGAAAUGGAGGAACAGGCGGUGGCAGAGGUGGUGCAGGCGGUGGUGGAGCAGGAGCAGUGGGCGGGGAGGGAGGUGCCACUGGAGCUGUACAAAGAGCAGCCGCGGGCAGGCACCGUCGAAUGCAGUUCCAAAACAACUCUACUGAUGACGAUGGUCUGCUGCAGGACAUCAUUGAUCACGAUGACGAGGCGGAGGACAGCGAGGAUGACGAUGACAGCGAGAUGCAGCUGCCACAGGGCAUGACCAUGGGCGUGGGAAUGACGGGCCUGGUGCCCGGGCCGAAAAUGCAAAAGCGGCCGGGAAGCAUCCGGAGUUCCAAGCAAGUACCGGAUGACACCCUGAGCUCGGGCAGCGAAGAGGCAGCAAUGGGUGGCGAAAUGGGAUCCGGAGGAGCCAGAGGCGGAGCCAAGCUACCACAUCACAAGCUAACGCUUCCCACGAGGGGAAGUGCUGGUGGAGCAGGAAGAUCCGAGCGGCAGGAUGAGCAAUCCUUUAUCAUGAGUCCCGAAAAAUGGGAGGAUCUGUCCGUGCCCGGAGAACUCAAGGAACUCUUUCCCUACAUCGUCAAAUACACCCCACAAACAAUCGAUACUCCGUUUCACCUGCAACCUUUCAUACCCGAGUUUGUGCCCGCUGUGGGCGAUGUGGAUGCCCUUCUGAAAGUCCAGGCUCCGCCACUUCUGCAGCCCCAACGCCAGAAGGAGCUGAACGAUCACUUGGGGAAAUUGGGCUUAUGGUUGCUCGAUGAGCCCUCUGGCGCUCAAAGUGAGCCCAGUCUGCUGAAUAUGAAACUUCGCUCGGUACUGAGUGGCAGCAUGGGGCGAAAUCCGCGUCAUGCCUCCUCCGCAUCUCUGGUUCCCACCGCCCGAUCGGGCAAGGAUAUAGAGAAGUGGAUCACUGAGGUGGAACAAGUGCAUAUGACUCAGUCAAUGUACGAUGCCCAGCCCAGAAAGGACAUAGAUGUCCUCCUGGAGGAUUGGCCGAGAUCCUUUGGCGAUGAGGAAACCAUUAAUGCCCUUGAUCAGGCCUACAGAUCCUGCCUACAGCAGAAUAUUUCAGUAGCGGGAUAUGUGGGUGUGCUUUGCGAGAGAUUCGGAGUGGAAGGACCUCUGGAGUCGCAGGCGGACUACAUCCACAAUGUCCAUACACUCUUUGCCCUCUACUUGGCCGCCAGUCAGGCGUGGGAAUAAUAGAGGUAUAUAAAUCAUAAAUCUUACAAAUGAUCAAGGAAAUCAAUACAAA